AUGGAAAAAGUUCGGCAUUCAGCUAGAAAUUUCCAUGAACAAAAAGGAAAAUUUGUUAUUUUUUCUGCUUUCGGUAAAGUGAAAAAGACUUUCGGGUCAAAAGACGUAGUUAUUGUUCUUCAUGACGGUGGAGCAGCAUUAUGGGAUAAAAAAUGCGAAAAUGGACCGUUUUUAUAUGGCUCAUGGAUUACCCUACAGUCAUUAAAUAUAGAUAAUGAUAAAAUAACUCUUUCUUUCAGAAAUAAAGAUUCUGAUCCAACUGUUUUAGAAUUCGAGACAACAGAUUCUAAAUUUGCUUUUGGAGCUAUUGGUGAUAUUUUACAGCAUGUUCUUUACGGAUUUGAACAAGAAUCUCUCAAAUUAUCCAAAUUUAAGUUUUCUCCAUCGCGUCCGACAACGAUGUCAAUAAUGUCCCGAUUAAUUGAACGUGCAGAGACCGAAAAAAUGAAAAUAACUGGUGAUCAAAUCGAUAAAAUUGAAGAUAUUUUUGAAAUUUCCAGACCUGCGUUUAAUCUAUCGGAUAUACCAGAUGUGCAAAAUAUCCUUAUCGCUGUAUUCGAUAUCAUACCGAUGACUAGCUUCAUUAGAGAGUUAAUAAUUCCAAAUCUCGAUUUUCCAACUCAAUAUAGGAUAUUAUCGAUUCUCCUUCAACAGGCACCAUCUAUAUAUCACUUAACAUUUACUGGCGAAGCAAAUAAUCGAAUAGAAUUCUUUGAAUCUUUAAAUCCAAAUUCCAUAAAUUUGACUUCACUUUCAUUCAUAGAUACGAACAUAAAAAUACCAGAACUUAAUAAACUCUCAACGAUCAACUCUACGGCCAAUUUUAACUAUAUUUCGUUCCAAAACGCAUUAUCAGCCGAAGCCUUGGAUUUUUUAUACAACGGAUACCUCUCGGCAUCUUUGCCAAACCUAAUUUCCUUAAAUCUUGACAAUACAAAGAAUCUUUCCUUUGAUAAAAUUGCAAAUCAAAUUUCGAAGCUGAAAAUGCUCUCAGUUGCCAAUUGUAACAUAGAAAUCGGAUCUGCGUUGGAUCUAUUAACUACAAAUGCUCCAGAAUUGAGAUUUUUGAACAUGUCAUCAAAUUCAUGCGAAAACAUAAAGAAGAAACUUAAAUUACCACCAAAAUUAUCAUUUAUGUCAUUUGGCGAUGUUAGUUGGAAGCCAGGAACUCUUGUUUCUCUUCUAAAAAUUAUUUUUGAAGAAAUUCCAGAUAAUUCGAAAUUAGAUCUCUCAGAUGCCCAUGUAGAUGAUGAAGAAUGGCCAUCCGUAUUUAACUUCCUUGCAAAACAGAAUGGAAUGAGACUUCAGAAUUUUUAUUGGAGUAAUAACAAGAUUUCUCCUGAACUAUGCACUUUCUUUGACAACUUCCCUAAUCUAGUUGUUCUCUACAUGUCAGGAGUCCUCUCCGAGUCAUCUUUAGAGCUAGUUAACCAGUUUUCUGUUUCAUUACAGAAAAUGACCAACUUAAAGACCCUCAAACUCACCGGAACAGACACAGUAUUCCUUGGAACCCAAGGUUUGGCCUCUAUUUCGAAGGCUUUUGCUUCAUUAACAAAUCUUGAGUAUUUAGACUUAUCCGGGAACAAAAUCCGAGACGAGGGAUUCUCUACGCUCAGCAAUACCCUUUCGAAAUGCACGAACAUGAAGACAUUCGUUUGUGACAACAACGAUUUGGAAAAUCCAGAGUCACUUGUCAACUUUUGCAAACUUUAUCCAUAUCCAUACAGUUUCCCAUUGAACGACAUCAACAAAUUCGAGUCUAUUAAGAAGAUCCACAACUCACAAGUUAAUGAAGUUUGCAAAAGCAACAGAACCAAUGCAUCCCGCAUGAAUUUCCUUAGUCUUCUCCAAUCAGAUGCCGACAUUAAUUCUAAAUAUCCUAAACCGGCUAAGAAUCCUCUUGAUUCUCCUUCUAAUGUCUAUUAUUAUGAAUUUUGUUCACCAUUUCCUAACUCAAUUAGCAAAGAAUUUGGUGAAUACAUUAAUUCACUUGGAAAUCCCACUAAAACACCAUAUCCAAACAAACAAGAUUCCGAAGAAAAUUUUGUUCAUCAAAAGCCACGACGAAAGAUUGUUUCAGAUACAGAAGAUGAUGAUGAUGACGAAGCUGAAAAGAAUCCAGAGUCAGAUUCAUCCGAAACACAAUCAUCUAAGAAACAAGAGUUCAAACUUCGCAGCAACUGGGGCAAAUCUAUUACAUUUGAUGACAGCGACACAUUUGUUCCAAAACCACGUCCAGAAGGAGAAAAGCGGCGUCGCCUUUAUUCAGAUGCAGGUGACAAACCUUUUAAAUGUCCUAUUCCUAAGAUUCCACGUCCAGCUAAAGAAUCGGUCCAUGCAUCUAAGAAACGGACGAAACAUCCAGAUAUUUCAGACGAUUCAGACUCUAUUCAGUCACCAGAAAAAGAAGAUCAAAUGAUCAAUGUCGUCAAACCUAAAGUUAAACAAGUUAUUGUUCCAUCUCUUGACGGCUUCAGCAGCUCUAACGAGUCUACAGUUACAAGUGAAGACGAAGAAGACGAAACAUUCGAACCUAAAGAAGCAGACUGGUCAUUCCCUCUUCGAUACGUCCCUCCUCCUCAAGACACAGAGAAGAUCGUUCGAAAUCUUGGCGAUAAAUACAGUCUUGGAUCAUUAUUGACAGCUGUUAAGAGAAGCUGA